AGCAGAUGGACUCAGUGGCGCCCCCUGGCCUCUCUCUGGUCUCCAUCUUGUCUCUGUUAGCAUGUAGCAUCCAGGUGUUAGCUGCCAUCCUGCUAACACACAGGUUCGGUGGGCGGAGCUCUGUGACGGACAGGUGGAUCCUGCUGUGGCUCUUUUAUGAUGUCAUUGUCCACCUGACGCUGGAGGGUCCGUUUGUUUACAUGUCUCUGGUUGGGACGGUGCAGACGUCUGAAGGUCCUCUGGCUGAGCUCUGGAGGGAGUACAGUAAAGCCGACAGUCGUUGGUUAGUUUCUGAUCCAACGAUUGUUUCCAUAGAGAUUCUGACGGUCGUCCUCGACUCUGUACUUGGAGUACUGCUCAUCUAUGCAGUACUGAAGGACCAGUACUACAGACACUUCCUGCAGGUCGCUCUGAGCGUGUGUGAGCUCUACGGCGGCUGGAUGACCUUCUGUCCUGAUUGGCUGAUUGGCAGUCCACACCUGGACACGUCCAGUCGACUUCACCUCUGGGUUUACCUGGUCUUCUUUAAUGGGGUCUGGGUUCUAGUCCCGGUCCUGCUGCUGGUCCAGUCCUGGUUCUGUCUGAGGAGUCUGCACGUGGCCAGAAGGGACCAGGCGGCGGACGACAAGAGGAAGUGACAUGUUUUAUUGAUCUAGUCAGAACUUUACGUAUGGUUCUUAUUAGAUUGUACUGAUCAACUUUAUCAAUGAUCACUAUCACUGAUCACAAAUUGUUGGAUUUGUUGUUUCAAAAUAAAACCACUGAAAGUUU